UGCUAAGGAAGUGGUAACGUGUGGGCCCAACCAGCUGCUCCUGGAUUGAGAGUUAAUAAACUCUAAACUUUAUAAAGUCACACGUGGAUGCCAGUGUUGUCCGUUACAUGUAGAUAACUGACACUUUGACAACCUGCGGUCUGACAAUGGGAGCGAACAACAGCACCCGCCGUGUGUCAUUUGAGUCAGAUGAGAACGAGAACAUUACGGUGGUGAAGGGCAUAAGGCUUUCAGAGAGUGUCAUCAACCGCAUGAGAGAACCUGCAGCUCCUCCAAAACACCAACCUGCAACCACUCCACCACCUCCCAUGACAACGCCACUUGCUCCUCCAUCUCUCCUGCGGCCAGUACCUCCCCCCUUUGACCCCAUCACCUCCUUACCUCCUCCCCCUCCUCCUGUAGAUCCUGUUGCACCUCCGGCUCCUCCACCACCAACUCCAACUGCCACAGAGACCAUACCUGCACCUCCUCCUCCUCCUCCUGCUCCUGCUCAGGCUCCAGUGGAACAGGUAGCAGCACCCACCAUAAUUGACAUGGUGCUCCCAUCCUCAUCACCCCCAGCUGCUGCUAGUGCUGUAAGUGCCCCUGCUUUUGAGUCUGUGGUGGCGCCUCCUCCUCCUCUCCCUCCUGCUCCUGCUGCUCCCAGUGAUCCUCCAAUUGUUGCUCCCUGCCCUGCUCCAGCUGUGGUGGAAGCAAUGCCUCUGCUUGCUUCUCCUCCCCUUGAAAUUGAACCAAUUCCCCCUACCAUAAAUCAAUCCAUUGCUCCUCCUCCAGUAAUUGAACCCAUUGCUCCUCCAUCUGUAGCUGAACCUGAACUGCCCAUUGCUGUUCCCCUUCCUCUUGAAUCAGAACCACUUUCUUCACCUCCUGUUCUUGAGCCUGUCAUCAUCCUACCACCCCCACAUCCUUCAGCAGAUGCUUUGGCUCCACAGCCUGCUGAGCAGUUUGCUGCACCUCCUUUACCUGAGUUUACUGCUCCUUGUGAACCAGUUCCACCUCCUCCUCAGCCCUCAGUAGAACCUGCGUCGCCUGCUCCUGUUGCUGAUCCAGUGGUGGUGCCUGAGCCGAUUCCAACUCCACCACCUCCUGCUGCACCAGCCGUUGAUGAAGAGGCCCUGAGGAGGAAGAUCACUGAUGAGCUGUAUAUAGGCUUGGAGAAAGAGAGGGCCAAGGCAGAGCAAGAGCUGCAAGCCUGGGUAGAGUCAGAGAAGGCCCGGGCGUCAGCGCAGGCUCAGGCUGAGGCCCAGUCCCAGGUCCAGGAGGAGGUGUCCCGAAUCCUUUCUGUGGAGCGAGCCGUGGCUCAGGAGAGCCUCCAGCAGGCCGUCAUCAGGGAGAGGAUUGCCACGGAGGAUGAGAAGCUGCGUGCACAGCUCUAUGAAAUUGGGCGCAAGGCCAAGCAGCUAGAAGCCAGAGAAGCUGACCUACAGAAGCAGGAUGCAUUCUACAGAGACCAGGUGGCCCGGCUGGAGGAGAGGAGCGCACAAUUCUACAAGGUCACCACGGAGAACUACCAUAAAGCUGCAGAUGAAGUCAGUGCCAAGUACAAGCGGUAUGAGGUGUAUCCCGUGUGUGCUGAUCUGCAGAGCCAGAUCCUCACAUGCUACAGAGAAAACGUUGGAAGAACCCUUCAGUGCUCCAAUAUAGCAGCUCUUUAUCUGCAGUGUGUCAACAACGCCAAACUGAAGGAUAAGAAGUAUGUGCCUGCACCUUCAUGGACAGAUGAUGUAACAAGUUGAGGACCGGAGGUUAAGGAAGUCACAGAAAGAAAGAGAGCGAUGUAGAGUUUGUUGUGUGGGAUUACUGAUUAUCAACCGACUGACAGACAGACCCGGGGGAAGUGAGGAAUGAGUCAGCACCAAGACACACACCCUCAAAACCCUGUGGAGAACCAAACCGAACCAGACUAGGCACCGAACCGGACACCUCUUCUCCUUGAUUCCUACCUCUAUCCCCACAUCUCCCCUCUACACACCCUCCUCUCUCUGACCCUUUGUCCAUGGUAGGGAGGCGGCGGAAGCACUUGCCGUUUUGGAGACCACCGGGACCCAACAGGCCUCAGCUUGGCCCACUAGAAGGACAACAAGUACAAACCAGACAGAACCACCACUUUGUAGUGUCACAAAUCACUUCUUUCCAACGUAAACGUCUAUUUUUACAAAUAAAGUCCUAAUAUUUUUGUCCUCAGUUCAUUGUUUUACAGCUUGUAAAUGCACUACCCUGUACACAGAUACACAUAUCCCCAUCUGCCUGUGCUUUGUUUCUCUUCAUGCAAGUAUGUGUUAGGUUAAUAAUGUAACUGUGUUGAGAAUUCAUCCAGACCAACACUUGUCUUGACAAUGUCUGAUCAGAGGAAAUAAAAGAAGAAAAUGAAGCAGGAA